UACCUAUCAUGCUCAUAUGUGCUUCCUGAAGCGGGGAGAAGCUCUAUCACUCUCUCCUAGAUGUUCAUGGACAUGCCUUCAUGGGCAAGCUGGACUAUACCUGAUGAAAAUGGGCAAAGGGUGCGGAUUAUGAUGUCGCUACUGAUCAUUUUUAUUCUUAGCAAACAAUUUUGUGUAGUAGAAGAAUAAGAUGACCUCUCUGGAAUGUUUUAUUUUAUUUUAUUUUUUUUGACGGAAUCUGAAUCUGGGUAAUGAAUGGAACUUCUGUUGUUUUUAUGCAACUCUCCGGGGCCGUAGCAUAUAUUUUCUUCUUUUGGAGGUGGAGGUGAAGGUAAAGGUUUACUCUUUACAUGCUCAAUAGCCAGGAUCUUGUUAAAUCUAUGCAACAUUGGUUUAUUUUUUUGUUCUUCUUUUUGUCUCAGAUUGUGCAACAGUGGUUAGCAAAUGUCCAAGGAAACAUGUUGCAUCAGAGUUUCAAGAAGUGUGAUUUAGUACCUGGAGAAUCAGCUGAAUUUGAAACCCCUAUUGAUCUAAACAUGAAACCAAACAAUAUUUUUGUUUUAGCCGACAAGGAGAAGACCCUUUUACCCAAACUUGAGUUUCUUCAGUCUGUGGGGAUUUCAGGAGCUGCCCUUGCAGAUGUGGUCAGUUCAAAUCGGAUUAUGUUGCGCCAGAGCCUAAAGAAUCAAAUCAUCCCCACUUAUAAUUUCUUAAAGAACUUGCUCGAAGAUGAUGAGAAGGUUGCACAUGCGCUAAAGCGUGCAGGUUUCCUCUAUGGUUUGCAUAAUACUGCUGCUCCCAAUAUCUCACUCUUACAACGUCUUGGAGUACCACAUUCAUCUAUGUUACUACUGGUCACGCGUGAUGCUCAUGUGCUGUGCAACAAGGCUGAGAAGUUUGAUGCAUUUGUCAAGAUGAUUAGUGGAAUGGGAUUUAACCCUUCGGAGAAGAAUUUUAUCAUUGCACUUAGGAUAGUUAAUGGACUGAGUCGUGAUUCAUGGGAACGCAAAUUGAAAGCCUUUAAAGAGUGGGGUUUUUCCAAAGAUGAGAUCUUGUUGGCUUUUAGACGGUAUCCCAAUUGCAUGACUUUGUCUGUGGAGAGUAUCUCAAGAAGAAUGGAUUUUCUUGUGUCGAAAAUGGGUUGGGCUUCACCUGAUGUUGCUAAAGCACCAAGUGUUGUAAGCUAUAGCAUGGAGAAGAGGAUAAUUCCCAGGUAUUCAGUAAUUCAAGCUUUGCUUUUCAAAGGAUUAAUCAAUAAAAAACCUGCCUUAUCUAGUGUUAUAAAUCCCGCUGACGAUAUCUUUCUGAAAAGAUUUGUGAAUAGAUACCAAGAGCAAGAGCCUCAACUGUCUGAUAUCUUUGAAGGGAAAAUGAAACUCUCUGAUUUGGGAAUUGGAUUUGGAGUAUCUGAAUUGUAACCAUUGUAGCAUGAGGAUUGUCGAUUUCAUCCCAUCUAGUUUAAGAUCACGGCUCUGCUAUGUGUA